UUUGCUUGGAUUUUACGAGAUGGUUUUAUGAAUUUGACAUUUUAACGGCUAACGUUUAUUGAAUAAAUGGCACAAUUACUUUUGAAAGGCAAGAGGUGCCAAAAGAAGAUUAUUUACAUGGGCUGACAUGAAAAUCCCGAAAGAUGCUCGGAAACUUCAGUAUAUAAUUGACAUAGUACCGUCCUAACCUCGAACAGCCUGCGCUGAGAAGACCCGGUUAUUUAGGAUUGGAUUUCAGUACACUGAUGUAUUGACCGAUUUUAAAUUAAUCAUUCAGGCAAUAUAAAAUAAAAAAUGUCAAAACGAAAGCCUGAAUCGCAGAUUCCGGCUGAGGAAAGUGACUUGCUGUCCAUCCGACCUCUCGGUGCUGGCCAGGAGGUAGGCAGGUCUUGCAUUAUGCUGGAAUUCAAAGGAAAAAAGAUUAUGUUGGAUUGUGGCAUUCAUCCAGGCUUAUCGGGUAUGGAUGCCCUUCCUUUUGUAGAUUUAGUUGAAGCCGAUGAAAUAGAUUUACUACUUAUUUCCCAUUUUCAUCUCGAUCAUUGUGGAGCGCUGCCAUGGUUUCUACAAAAGACGAGUUUUAAAGGACGGUGUUUUAUGACCCAUGCAACGAAAGCAAUUUAUCGGUGGCUCUUGUCCGAUUAUAUCAAAGUGAGUAACAUUGCCACUGAACAGAUGCUUUAUACCGAGUCCGAUCUAGAGACAAGUAUGGAUAAAAUAGAAACAAUCAAUUUCCAUGAAGAGAAGGAUGUUUUCGGUAUUAAAUUCUGGGCAUACAAUGCGGGACAUGUAUUAGGAGCAGCCAUGUUCAUGAUAGAAAUAGCAGGAGUUAAGAUAUUAUAUACCGGAGAUUUUAGCCGGCAAGAGGAUAGACAUUUAAUGGCUGCCGAAAUACCUAAUGUACAUCCUGAUGUUCUUAUAACGGAAUCUACUUAUGGAACGCACAUUCACGAGAAACGAGAGGACCGAGAAGGUAGAUUCACGAAUUUAGUUCACGAAAUUGUAAACAGGGGUGGCCGAUGUUUAAUUCCUGUGUUUGCUUUGGGACGAGCACAGGAGCUCCUCUUGAUACUGGAUGAGUAUUGGAGUCAGCAUCCUGAACUGCACGAGAUCCCUAUUUAUUAUGCAUCUUCCUUGGCGAAGAAAUGCAUGGCUGUUUACCAGACUUAUGUCAAUGCAAUGAACGACAAGAUACGGCGUCAAAUUGCUAUAAAUAAUCCCUUUGUCUUCAAGCAUAUUUCCAACCUGAAAGGCAUCGAUCAUUUCGAAGAUAUCGGGCCUUGCGUGGUGAUGGCUUCUCCUGGUAUGAUGCAGAGUGGAUUGUCAAGAGAAUUAUUUGAAUCCUGGUGUACAGACUCGAAGAACGGAGUAAUUAUCGCUGGUUACUGCGUUGAAGGGACGUUAGCUAAGACGGUCCUCUCGGAACCCGAGGAGAUCACCACGAUGUCUGGCCAGAAGUUACCUUUGAAGAUGUCCGUUGAUUAUAUCUCGUUUUCCGCACAUACUGAUUACCAACAGACUUCAGAAUUCAUUAGAAUAUUGAAGCCCCCGCAUGUCGUUCUUGUUCAUGGAGAACAGAAUGAAAUGGGAAGACUGAAAGCUGCCCUUCAAAGGGAGUACGAAGAUGACCCGAGCACAACUAUGGAAAUACACAAUCCAAGGAACACGGUUGCAGUAGAAUUGUACUUUAGGGGAGAAAAGACGGCCAAAGUGAUGGGAACAUUGGCAAUGGAGAAUCCGAAACCUGGGCAGAAGCUGUCGGGUGUUUUAGUGAAGAGGAACUUUAAUUACCACAUGUUGGCGCCGUGUGACUUAUCGAAGUACACCGACAUGAGCAUGAGUCAAGUGAUUCAAAGGCAGAGUGUGUAUUUCUCAGCUUCGUUACCAGUGCUGAAGCAUCUUCUGACACAAAUUGCUGGUACUAUAGACAUGGUUGAUGAUAAGAAGAUGCGAGUAUUCAAAAAUGUCGACGUGACGGUCGAUGGGAAAAUUGUUACGAUGGAGUGGGUUGCAACUCCUGUUAAUGACAUGUAUGCUGACUCGGUAUUAACUGCGUUGUUGCAAGCCGAGAUGAUGGACCAAUCUCCGAAGGUACUACCAGCGCCAACCAAGAUGGAUAGGAUGCACUUCAAGGAGUGCCUCAUAGAAAUGCUACAAGAAAUGUUUGGUGAAGAUUCCGUUCCCAAGAUUUUUAAGGGGGAAAAAUUAUACGUGACGGUUGACGGGAAGAAAGCGCACAUUGACCUGUUGAAUCUGGAGGUAACGAGUAAGGACGAUGAGACGUUCCAACAGAUUGUGCAGACAGCUGUAACGAAGCUCCAUCAGUCCUUGGCACCACCGAGUGAUUCGAUAUGAAACAAUUUCGUUAAACAGUGUGAAUAAGUUACUUUCAUCAGAGACUUUUUUACUCAAUCAUUAAUUAGAAUUAUCAUGGAUCAUUACAAGGAAAUUAAUACCGUGACGUAAGAAGUGUGGAAAAUCGUGUAUCUAUCGCAUGUACAUUACAUAUAAUGUUUAGUAUAUAAUUGCGAAUCGACGUAAAUAAAUGACUAUGUUUCUUAUGA